AUGGGCACUGUAGCACAAGGGGAGACCACUAAAGAAAAAUUUGCUAGGAAAUUUAAUGACAAUCCUUUUGUCCCUUUAGGUUGUGCAGCUACAGCGGGUGCCUUGUCAUAUGGCUUAUGGUGUUUUAGAACUGGUAGAACGCAGAUGUCUCAAAAUAUGAUGAGAAUGAGAAUCCUAGCCCAAGGAUUCACUAUUACUGCUUUAGUUGCUGGUGUUGUUAUAAGUGCUGGAAAAGCUAUAAAAUCAUAA